AUGGGAUUGCUAGGCCGUCUGCUCUUAACCAUCGACGCUGCGGGCUUGGCCGUCGGGGCGGUCGUUGCUGAUUGCCUCAACGAGACGCAUAUGUUCAACCCGCGAUGGCGACCGCACGCCAAAUUCCACAACGCCCAAACCGUAGCCCUCGCAAUAAUCCUCGCAGCCCUGACACUGUACUACUCCUGGCGACCGGCCCGGACGCCGGAGCUGCGCCGCGAGUUCGUCUUCGCGAGCGCCGUCGCGGGCUCCAUAUACUGGGUCGCGGGCCUGCUCGCCAUCCUGGCGCCCGGCACGAUGGGCGUUGACCCGGAGUUCGGGGGGGCCGGGGUUCCCGCAGGGUAA